UGUACUCGUUACUCGCAUAAUUCUAUCACUAUUUGUCCCUAGCCAUGUCCAAAUCGAAAACAAUUUUUUUUCUUCAUUGUGUUUAGCGUUUGUUAAUUGUUGUCUUGUGAUAAAAUGAAGAAGUUUCCAGUGAAAAUUGAUUUGUCAACUUUUUUUGACGAUGAAAGAAAGUUUGUUAUAAUUCUUGUAGAUCCACUAUGGAAAAGCGUACAAUGUUUGCAACAUCGUGUGGAAGAAAUAUUUGACGUACGACCGGUACAUUUUCUCACGGAUGAUAAUCUUUUUAUUCCACCGCAGGAAUCUAUAGAAGUUAUGGAAUUCACCGGAUCACUUAAUUUGAGUUUUUCCAGGGCAUUCAUACCAAAACUUGCUCUCGAGGAAUCUCGUCGUCGUCGUUCAAAGAAAUUUAAUCCGGAACCUUUGCCGACUGAGAAAGAGUCAGUUAAAAAAAGGAAAUAUCAUACAUUGGCUACUGAAAUCUUAGAUGUUUCUAUUCAGAAUCAAACUAAAAAGUCGAAGUGUACACCAUUAGAGGCGUCCAACGUGGCAACUCCAGUUUCCAACGAGUCCCAAGAAAUCACAAGUACCAAUGAACAGACUUGUGCAUUUAAGCAAACUACGAAAAUACCACCAAAUGAUAGUCCAGCUGAACUCGGCGCUCGUAAUCGCAAAACAUCCAAUUCAGAUAUUUUAAAAAAUCAGAGUUAUACGGCUAAGGAAGAGGAAGGGUUAGUAUCGAUAAGUAAACCUAAAAAAAAACGAUCUCACAAACGAGAGAUUGAGACGGAUGGAAAAAGGCAAAAUGUAAAUUCUGAAACAAUGCAGCUGGAAAUUUGCUCGUCGACUUUCCUUACCAAUUCAAAAUCAAUCGGCAAAAACACGCACAUAUAUUUUGAUGAUUCAACUAUCGUAGAGUCGACAACAAAUAAACAAACUAAUCCAGUUAAUACCACAUCCAUUCGUGAUAAAAAUAAAUCGCCAAAAGUAAUUUUUAAAUGCCAUUUGAAUAAUGAUAUUACAAAGCCUUUGGUUUUUCCUUUACAAGUAAUUAACAGAAGCCGUAAAGCUCGGAAACCUCUAAUAGAUAUUCAAGAAAAUAUACUAUUACCGCCCGCCAAUAUCGACAUCUUAAUCAAAAAUGAACUUGCCAAGCCAUUGAAUAACGAUUUUGAGAAAAACAUUUUGUCUAAUACUUUUGUGGCUGCAGAAAAUUCAAAUAAUGUCGAAGCAGAAGGUGAUAUAGAAAACGUAAAUAAUAUGGAAAGUAACGACCAACUAAAAUCCAAAAAGGACGAUACUAAUAAUAAUUUUGAGCUCACUGAAAAAGCAGAAAUAAACGCAAGCAUCACAAGCGAAUUAGAAAAAUCAAGUGAUUUAGAAUCCACAACAAAACAAGCCAUGGAAGAAAUAAUACAUUCGAGCAAUGAAAGUAAAGAAAAAGCUGAUGAAAAACAUAUCUCAAUUGCAGGCGAAAAUAAUCAAAAUAGAAAGUCGAGUGAGAAUCAUACAAUGACUGAGCCUUCUGGCGAUGAAAGUAAAUCUCAAAAAGAGCCGGCCAACAAUGAAGCUGAAAUAGUCCAAGAAGAAUCAUUCGUUAAAAUAACAGCAAACACAACGGAUGCAUCUAAUAAUUCUUUGGAAUUGGAGGAGAGCUGUGUUAUAGAUUUAGAUGAUGAUGAAGACGUGAUUGAUUUGAGUGACGCUGAUGAUCAACAACAGCCGUUUCAAAUGACGCCGAAUACUUCUAGGCUUUCAGAAACCCUAAACAAAAGCAUUAGCGCAAUGAGCGCCACUGAGAUGCUUCCUUUCUGUACACCACUUACAUCUAUGCCUGCAGUGGGCGAUAUUGUUGUAUUUAAGUUCAAUCGGAGAAGUUUAGAAGAGAAAAAGGAUGUAUCUGAAUACAUAGCUUGUAAAUGCGAACAUAUAAAUCGGCGGACGAAAGUUUUAAAACUCGCCAUAUUAGAUGCAAGUCUCGAAAAGGAUAUUAUUCCACAACAUUACGUCUACAAUUUAGACGAAUCAUUAGGUGAUAGAUUUAUGAGCAUAAAGUUUCCGGAAAUGCUCGAUGCUAAAGUGAUGCAGACUUAGUAGAAUUUGUUUAUGAAGUUUCAAAAAUAAAUUGUUUUUGUGUAAAUGUUGCUCUUUUAUUGCUUUAAAUGACUAUA